CCCUUAAAAGCCAGGCUGAUUGUGGGAGAAAAAAACAAGUGCAUGGUAGAACGUGAAACAAACCUCCUAUUGCUCUCAUCUUGAUUCUUUUUGGAAAAAUGAGUAAACAGGUGUCUCUUACGGCCUGUAUCGCCAAAAUGUAUGAAGGUGGCACUUUGGACCGUACUGGUGGAACCAAGACAGAUUCACCCAUGAUAAAGCCCAGCACCAGCCUCAGUGCCAUGGACAAUAAGCUGAAUCUUCUGGAUGCAAAAGUGGAGAAGAUCUUGAAAAGUCAGGGGGAAGUCUUGAAGAAGCUUGAAGUGGUCUACCAGGGCAUCGGGAACCUGGAAAAUGGCAUUGCAAAACUGAAGCCAGCAAAGGAACCUCCAAGCACUGGAGAAGAUAAUUUGAAAAAGGGAGAGCCGAGUUUAUACAAUGAGAUCAAGGCUCUGUGCACUGAAAGUGUGAACCUGCUGAAGUCCCUGCAACAGGAAACAAACAAACAAAGAGAAAAAAUUGAUGUGAUUGAACGCUCUGUCUCCACCGCAGACAAAGUCAGUACAUUUAUUGCCGAGACCUUCAAAAGUUCUAAAAUAGUGGCGUAUAUCCUCAAGGGCACAGUUCCGUGGAGGAAAGGCAGUCUUUUAGAAAACACAGAAGAGAAAAAGGAAACAGGUGCAAAGCCCAAAGCUGAGUUCUGCAGUCGAGCGAUUCAGGCGGAGAUCGGGAGAUCUCCUGAAGAUGAUACAGGUGUGAAGAAACAGCCAACUAAAACAGAUGAAUUGGUCAACUCGGCUCUUCAAUCUCAAUCUGACAAUCAAGUAGAUGAAAGUCCCCUGGCCCCCGUCACAUCCACAGAAGUGCUCACUGAGACCAAGAGCUCAGAACUCGUUAUUGCAAGCGCCAAACAUAUAGUAGAGAAUAAACUGUCUCGGAAACCCAGGGAGGUCACCAUCAAAAGCAGAGAACCCACUCGAACGCAGACCUUUAUUAAAGAAACGCAUGAUGUUGGAGUGAACACAGAUGACCAUGAUGCACCUGACUGUCAGAAAGAGGAGAUUACUAUUGCUGUUAUAACAGGGGAGACCCAGACUCCAGCCCCCGCGGCCAAACCAGAGCUGAAUGAAGCUACUGCAACAUCUCCUGUUCGGCAUCCUGAUAAUACACAUACCAUUCCCAGUGAAUUACAAAGGAAGCCAUCUUUGGCUGAACAAGGAGCUCCUUCAACUACACAGCAGCAAGAAGAAGCAGCUCAGAAAAGCUCUGAAAAUGACAUCAAAGGAGCCAAAAAACCACAGGCAGAGAAAAAAGAGGUUUGCAAAUCCUCCAAAAGCACUGUACCAUUGAUAAAAAACAAAGAUACCCGCUCUGAAAAAGACCCUGAAGUUCCCGUAACCCCACUAAAGGGCACACCCCCAACCAAAACCCAGAAUGAGCAGAAAAUCCAGAGUGUCAAGAAAAAUAAGGCUGAAAAACUCACCAAAAUUGAGUCACCAAAUAACUGCGCUGAUCCUGUACAACAAACUGAGCCUGAGAAGAAGACUUCAGCAACAGAGACCAAUGUAGAACUGGAGACUAAAGCUGAGGGGACCUCAGACACUAAAGCUGUGCUGAAUGCUAAACCUCAAAAAACAUUGAGAGUUAUCAUUGAUGACAGCCCGUCUCAGCCAGCACCCUUUGAACAUCGUAUUGUAAGUGCCAAGCACAUGGCAGUUACCUCGUACUACUCUCUCAUUCAGAACGAGCUCUUAGGGGGGGGACGAUUCGGCCAGGUUCACAAGUGUGCAGAGCUGUCAUCUGGCCUCAUGCUGGCUGCCAAGAUAAUACAAGUUAAAGGCUCGAAGGAAAGGGAUGAAGUCAAGAAUGAAAUUUGUGUCAUGAACCAGUUAAAUCAUGCCAAUUUGAUCCAGCUGUAUGAUGCCUUUGAGUCCAAGAACAAUCUGACUUUGAUUAUGGAAUAUAUUGGCGGAGGAGAAUUAUUUGACAGAAUCAUCGAUAAUUAUCAGCUGACUGAACUGGAUGCCAUCGUGUUUACCAAACAGAUCUGUGAGGGAGUUCAGUACCUACAUCAGCAGUACAUUCUGCAUUUAGACCUGAAGCCAGAAAACAUUUUAUGUGUAAACCGCACAGGAAACCAAAUAAAAAUCAUAGACUUCGGACUGGCAAGAAGGUACAGACCCCGCGAGAAGCUGAAAGUUAACUUCGGCACCCCUGAGUUCCUAGCCCCAGAAGUGGUGAACUACGACUUUGUUUCAUUCCCUACUGAUAUGUGGAGUGUUGGAGUUAUCACGUAUAUGCUGCUGAGUGGGAUGUCUCCUUUCCUUGGAGAUAACGACACGGACACCAUGAAUAAUAUCCUCCAGGGCAGCUGCGAGUUUGACUCCGACUCAUUUGAAAAUGUUUCUGCGGAGGCCAAAGACUUCAUCUCUAGGUUGCUAGUGUCAGAAAAAUGCAGCCGAAUGAGUGCCACUGGGUGCUUGAAGCACGACUGGCUGAAUAACUUAGCAGAGAAAGCCAAAAGGUGCCAAGUUCUUCUCAAGUCUCAGCUUCGUUUACAGAGUUACUUGGCUCAUCGACAGUGGAAGAAACAUUUCUAUGUAGUCGCUGCUGCCAAUAGACUGAAGAGAUUCCACCAGCGCGGGUCUGUGAAUCCUGCAUAGGGCUUGGCAUGGACUUUACUACUCCACUCUCAUUUGCUGUGAUUGCAUUGCAUUUCCGCCUCUAGUAGAAAGAACGGUGAAUUGUUGAACUACUUUGUUUACAUUACCUGUAGUAUUUAAGCAUUUAAUUUGAAUGUUUUAUUUUUUGAUGUUGUAUGAAUAAUUUUGCGAUGAUUUACAUACAGUUCCAAUGAAUAUUAUUACUCAACUUUGCAUAGUUCUGUUGCUGCUUAUCGUCCCUACAUUGUAGAAGCCACAAAGAAUAUUUUAAAAUCAUAUGCAAAGCUGCUGUCUGUAAAUAGUCAGAGAACCAUUACUUUUUUGUAAGAAUCUAUACAAAACGAAUAUAGCAAGGUUUUAUUUUCAUCAGUCAGUCAUUUCCAGCUAUGAUUGUAUCAUGACAUAAUAGUAAC